AUGGCGGCGGUUCCCUUCUCACAGCAAGUACUGGGCAAGUUGAAGGGCAAGGUGGUGGUGCUGACAGGCGGCGCCCAAGGUGUCGGCGCCGCUACCGUAGGCAUGGCACACCGUGCUGGCGCGCACGUCUUCUUUGGCGACUGGGCGGACGACAAGGGCAAGCAGGUCGAGGCGAGCGUCAGAGCAGAGCACAGCGGCAGCUCAGGAUCCGUACACUUCCAGAAGGUCGACGUCAGGCAAUAUGCCUCGCAGCUCGCCCUCUUUGACACGGCGUACAAAGCGCACGGGAGGGUGGAUGUGGCAGUCUCGUGCGCUGCAGUGACUGAAGCGCCGGGAUUUUUCGAGCCCGAAAAUCUGGACCUCGAGGCUGUCCGGGAGGAGCCGCAAGACCUUCGAUCACGUCUGGACAUCAACCUAACCAGUGUCUUGAUGUUCAGCCGCAUGGCUCUGGCCUACAUGAAGGCCAGCCCGCCUGCCGAAGACUUCUCUCGCUCGAUGGUCCUCGUCUCCUCCAUCGCCGGUAUAACUGAGGCACCCGGCUUGUUCGCUUACUCCACAGCCAAGCACGGCGUCAUUGGUUUGAUGCGCGCUCUGAGGCCAUACACGCCGUCGCGUUAUGGAGUGAGGGUAAAUGCAAUCUGCCCCUGGGCAACGGAUACGCAGCUCCUUGCCGGAGUCAAGGACCGUUGGAUUCAGGAGAAGCUGCCGCUCAACCAACCCGAGAAUGUGGCCGAGAUGAUACUACAAUGCGCCGCGGACGAGACACUCAAUGGCAAAUCUGUGUUUGUAGCGGGAGGGAAGGGAUAUGAUACCGAAGAGGGCUAUGACAGGACACAGGCGCAAUGGAUGGGUGAGGAGCUAACGGCCGAGUUCAACCGAGGACAAAAGGUUCUUGGCUUGGGCGAUGGAUGGACGUCAAAAUAG